AACGCGUUUAAUUGAAACUUUAUUCAAAAUUUGCUAAAUAUGGCUGCUGUGAGUUCUGUAAGUACUCGAUGAUACGUAUUAAUUUCUGUCUGCGAACUUUAACAGCGAUAUCAAAUGUCGAAAACUUAUCUCCACAAAUUAUUCGACGUGUAGCUAAAGAAAUGAGUGAAUUAGCUGAACAACCACCCGAGGGUAUUCGAGUUGUUUUAAACGAAGAAGAUGUUACUGACAUUCAAGCUAUUAUAGAAGGACCCUCGGGAACGCCAUAUGCUGGCGGUUUCUUCAGAGUAAAAUUAGCUCUUGGCAAAGAUUUUCCUCAAGGACCACCAAAGGCAUUUUUCCUUACAAAAAUUUUUCAUCCAAAUGUUGCAAAAAAUGGAGAAAUUUGUGUCAAUACCUUAAAAAAGGAUUGGAAAUCAGAUCUCGGAAUUAAACAUAUAUUACUAACUGUAAAAUGUCUCUUAAUAGUGCCAAAUGCAGAAUCUGCUUUAAAUGAAGAAGCUGGUAAAUUAUUAUUAGAAAGGUAUGACGAUUAUUCCGAACGAGCAAAAAUGAUGACAGAAAUACAUGCACAGGGAGGCGGGAAAGGCAGCAAAGCAGGUCUGGAUAGUUGCACAUCCUCUGAAGUCGGAGGACCCCUCCCAAAAAAGCAUGCAGGAGAUAAAAAACUAUCAGCAGAAAAGAAAAAGAUAUUGAAAGACAAGAAGAGGACACUCAAAAGAUUAUAAAAAAAUCAACACAAUUUAUCUAUCUUUUAUAAUUUAAAACACUGGUGUGGUAACAUUGCCUCAUAUUGUACACAAUUAUUGCAUAGUAAAAAUUUAUUAUCUAAACUCGACUGAUCUUAUUAUUAAGUAUUUAGAAAAUUAAUAAUUCUAGAAGCAUUAAAAAUGACUUCCUAAGAUACAAACAAGUACAACUUUGUAGUGAUCUACUUUACAAUCAGGAGUGGAAAAUAAUAUAGUCCACUCUGUGGUAUCUAUUAGCGAAUAUUUUUACAUAUGUACAAAAUGAUACCUCAUGUGACUAUUUAAAUUAAAUAAAAAGUGU